AUGCAUAAGACUUUUAUGAAUAAGACUUAUAAUGUUUAUUUUAAUAACUCCAAGGAAUAUAUGUAUGUUCACAUAUCUAUUAAUUUAUAAAAUAGUUUACUAACUGGAUAUAAGCCUACAAAUUGAUGUUUUAAACAUGUUUUGGCAACAAUUUAUUUUGGCUGCAACAAAUUAUCAACCUUUAAAUUUAAUAUUGUACAAAAAUAAUCAACCUGAAAUUUUGAAUAUUAAAGAUUCAGAAUUAGAUAUAUAUAGAAGGAAAAUAAGCAGUUACUAUCAAUUUUCUUCUACUGAGUUGGAUUUACAAAGAUUUGUUGGUUUAUGUAAAUUAAUUAAGAUUCUAAUUAAUCAUAUGGAAACAAAUUGUCAAUUAACUACAAUAAGAGAUAUCUAUUAUCAAGAUGUAGAUGUGUUUCAAAAUAAACAAUCAGAAUGUUGUUAUUUAUUAACUCAACUUGUAACUUAUUCAUUGAAGUGGUCUUUAAUAUCUACUUUUAAUAUUCAUCCAACACAGAAGAGUCUUAUGUAUGGCGAUUAUUUUACAAAUAUUUCAUUAAAUGAACCAAUAUUAAUACCAAUUAAUUUUGAACAAAGUUUUCAACAUUUGGUAUCAGAUCAACGUUUUUUGUUAAUUGUAAUUGAAAAAGAUGCCGUUUUUCAAUCCUUUUGCAGCCAUUUAAAAUCCACAAAUCAAUUGAAAAAUUAUCUAAUUAUAACUACAAAAGGUUAUUCUGAUAAACUUGCUUUAAGAUUUAUAAAUUGGUUAAAAAACAAUUUCAAACCUAUUAUUUAUUGUUUUUUUGAUUCAGAUGUUCAUGGGAUUAAUAUCUUUAGACAACUUUCUAUUAAUAUUCACGGUUUAGUAUUUGCCGGAGUUUUUUUAUCAGAAUCAAAACCAACAUCUUGGUUAUCAAUUACGUAUAAUGAUGUUUUAUUAUUAUUGAAUUUGUUAAAUAAAGAUACAAUUAUUGAAAAAUGUCAUAGAGAAUUAACUAGAGGAUUGUUUUUAUAUAAAAAAUCUGAAAUGAACGUGGUUGCAAAUAAAACUUAUAAUGAUUAUAUCAUGACAAAACUCAAGUUGUAUGAACAAAGUUUGAUUCAAUAG